AUGAGUGAUUAGACACAACAAAUAAAAAUCAAAUUAUGCGAUAUGACAAGUGAAUUGUUAAAGGAUGUACAAUACAUAAUAUUGGAAAAUUUGAGGAAGCACAGCAAUGAAAAAGAUAUUGCAUAUUAUAUUAAGAGAGAGUUAGAUAAAAGACACUUAGGUCCUUGGCACUGUAUUGUGGGUAAAAACUUUGGUCUGUUUGUGACACAUGAGGAAGGAUAUUACCUCUAAGCAAUAAAGGGAUAAAUAACAGUUGUUGUCUGGAAAUGA